CCGCGGUGCGACCGGACGCCGCGAGCCACUGCAGUGACGCUGCCACGUGCACCGCCGCAUACGUUCGCUGACGUGCGUCGCCGCGUCCCGGCCGGCGCGCUCUGGGAGCGGGCGCCUCGCGGAUUUUUCUCUCUUUCCAUUCGCCCUCCCUUGGCGGGAGAGCCGCGCUCGCGCGCUGCGCGCUUUGGUGCAGAGACGAGGGAGCGCGAUGGCGGACUGAGUGCGGGAGCGGCGUCGCGCCGAGACGCACCGAGAGACACUACCGGGGCGUUCGCAGCAUGACAAAACGAUUCCGAAAAAAGGAACAAAAGCUCACAGCCCCCCCGUCCGACGAAAAGAGCGCCAGCCAGAUGCGAGGCAAUUGGAACGGAAAUUUCUGUCGACAUCUGUUCCUUAAUCUGCGGCAUUUUUAAUUAAUUUAUUUUUUUUAAAUUAUUUAGUUGGUUUGAAUGGAAAAAAAGAUGGACAGUGGUCUUCGAGCGAGGCGGAACACGGGACGUUUGAGCCCGUGAAGCGAUGCCCGGUGUUUUCUGUGCGCCGUCGCCGUCCGGCGCGAGGAGGAGCGGGAAGAUCAUGCGCGCCACUGCCGCUCCCGCUCCAGCGCUCGCGCUCGGGCUCGCGCUCAUGUCCUCGUGGCUCGUGAGCCCGGGCUUCGCCUUCAGCUCGCAGCUCGACUCAGAUGGCGCCCCUCUGAGCGAGCUCUCCUGGUCCUCCUCUCUGGCUGUGGUGGCCGUUUCCUUCUCUGGCCUCUUCACCUUUGUCUUCCUCAUGCUGGCAUGCCUGUGCUGCAAGAAGGGGGACAUCGGCUUCAAGGAGUUCAAGAAUGUCGAGAGCGAGGACUACCAGGGCGACUUCUCCACCCUCGGCUCCCCUGCCUCACAGUCCGGCCCCGAGGUUUACAUCCUGCCCCUGACUGAGGUCUCGCUUCCUGUCUCAAAGCAGCCUGGUAGAUCAAUUCAGCUGCUUAAGUCCAAUGAUCUGGGUCGUCACAGUCUGCUCUACCUGAAGGAGAUUGGCCAUGGCUGGUUUGGGAAGGUUCUACUGGGCGAGGUGAAUGCAGGGCUCAGCACCAUGCAGGUGGUGGUGAAGGAACUGAAGGCCAGCGCCAGUGUGCAGGACCAGAUGCAGUUCCUGGAGGAGGUUCAACCUUUCCGAGCCCUCCAGCACCCAGCCCUUCUGCAGUGUCUAGCCCAGUGCACCGAGGUCACGCCCUACCUGCUGGUCAUGGAGUUCUGCCACUUGGGGGACCUGAAAGGCUACCUGCGCAGCUGUCGGGCUGCCGAGUCCGUGACCCCAGAGCCCCUGAUUCUCCAGCGAAUGGCAUGUGAUAUUGCCUCUGGCCUUGUGCAUCUUCACAAACACAGCUAUGUCCACAGCGACUUGGCGCUGAGGAACUGCCUGCUCACUUCAGAAGUGACCGUGAAGAUCGGCGACUAUGGGCUGUCCCACAACAAGUACAAAGACGACUACUUUGUGACAUCAGACCAGCUUUGGAUCCCUCUUCGCUGGAUAGCCCCGGAGAUUGUCGACGAGGUCCAUGGCAACCUGCUGGUGGUAGACCAGACCAAGCCCAGCAAUGUGUGGUCCCUGGGGGUGACGAUCUGGGAGCUCUUUGAAUUGGGCAACCAGCCGUACAGGCUCUACUCAGACCGCCAAGUACUCACGUAUGCUGUGAAGGAGCAGCAGUUGAAACUGCCCAAGCCGCUGCUCAAGGUGCCACUGUCUGACCGCUGGUAUGAGGUGAUGCAGUUCUGUUGGUUGCAACCAGACCAGAGGCCUACAGCAGAGGAAGUGCACCUGUUGCUGAGUUACCUGUGUGCCAAGGGUGCUAGUGAAGAGGAGGAAGAUUUUGAGAAGCGCUGGAACUCUAUGAGGCCCAACAACAGCCACAGCAGCAGUGUCCCUGCAGCUGGCAUACCACCCUCAUCCUCAUCCUCCUUCCCACUUCUGGAACGCUUCUCUACAGGGGACGGCUACCAGCCUGAACCCGGUGACGAUGUCCUGACCGUUACCGAGACCAGUCGUGGGCUCAAUUUUGAAUACAAGUGGGAGCAGGCACGGCACGAAGAGCCCUACCAUUCAUCCUCUACCAGCGGACCACUGGGUCAGGGGAACCCACACUAUCAGGACAUUUACUACCCCUCUGUCAAUGGGUGUGGGGUAGAUGGGCUCACCUUGGGGGUCUCACCAUCCUACUAUGAGUCAAAACAGCUGCACGCUCCUGGGGUUGUCCCAGUGCUGAGCGCACACAGCCCCUCAGUUGGCAGUGAGUAUUACAUCCGCAUUGAGGAACCUGUGGAUUGUCACCUUGACCUAGAUUACACCAUGUGCCCGUACAGCCCUGGGUUCGAGGGUGGCAGUGAUGGAAACUUUGUGGUUGGUAGCGGCAAUCCAACUGGCUGUGUCAGCUGCCCUCCUGAGGCCCAUCCUGGCUCCUACUGGUCGGCAGAUAUGCACAAAGGCGGUGCCUAUGAUUCAGACAACAGUCCAGCUGUCUCUCUUAUCAUGGAACCUCUGCUUGGUCAGGUGUGCAGUCCCAUGCAGCCCUGGGAGUCAAGUCACUAUAUAUCUUACAAGGAUAGAGAUGGGGGCUAUUACUACGAACCUUCACCUUCAAUAGGGGUGGAGCACUACCUGAUGGAGGACCAUGCAGAACCUCUGCAGGAGAGCUGGGGGUCACGCAGCUUGCGUCAAGCACUGGGUGAACUAGAGAACCCACUUGGCAUCUCACCAUCCCUUGGUGACCCCCGGCAAGGAUACGAUGACCCUUGCAUGGCAGGAGAGUGCUACUACGACAUGAUGGGUUCAUUGAGGAAGACCAUGCCUGGGGCACACACAGUCAACAUCAGCAUUGAGAGGGAGGGCAACCUUUUUGGGGGCCAGCAGGACAGUGAUUUGGAUGAAGAUGACCUCUUUGCAGAGAGGGAAUCCAGAACUUGGGCAUCCAACCACUCGGCAAACAACAAUAGCUUGAAUUUUGACCGAAGACCAGUGAGCUGCGGUCAGGACACCUAUGUGGACUACCACUACACUUUGCCUUCCACUGAUGUGGAAGACCUGUGGCCUCAGAUGGGUAUUAAAGAGAAUGCUGCAUUCCGUUCCGACAAUCCUCUCGGCUAUCCGGAGGCCAUGCCAAAGGAUAAUGCCUACCACACCUUCAGCAAACACCAUGCGCUGAUUAGCUCCAGGGAGUGCAAUACCUGCAUCUACUUGUGUCAUGAAGGCAGGGAGGACAUUAUAUCGCCAGUGAAGUGUCACCAGGGUGUAAGCGUUCCACAAUUUGUAGAUCCCCUUGCAGGUGCAGUGGUCAGGAAUUACACCAUUAAUGACUAUGUGAGAGGGAAGAAAAUAGAGCCUAAUGUAGCCAAGGAUGAGGAUCCGCCGACCUCAUCCAUCCCACAUGUUCAAGAGAAUCUUUUCUCAAAACCCCAGCCAUCAGACACUGUCACAAACCCAGUGCCAGAACACCAACCUGAAACUACUUCAGACUGCAAAAUUCCUGUGAAAAAGUCAAACCAUGAACAAGAGGCAUCACGUGGCGAAGACACCAAACUCAUGACCCAAAGCAUCCAUGUCACAUUAGGGAAGCCCACCCCCUCAGAUGCCAUCUUGGAGGGCAGCCAAGCCUUGGACAGUGGUGUGGAGAAGGACUGUUCUAAUGUCAGCCUAGUGGACAUCAGUGAUUGCAGUGAUGAUGACAUCACGGAUGUCACCUCAGGGAUCUUCACAGACAUUACCGUGGAUUGUGCAGAGACAGUAGAUUCCCCAGCCACCCGAAAAACUCUCCAAAAACAAGUAGGGACUCCAGACUCCAUUGAAUCCAUUGACUUGCCCUCUACAUCUGACUCUUGUGAGGUCUUCAACACUGUCUCUUUCCAUACCAGCCCACCUAAAGCCCUGGACAGCGGGUAUGACACGGAGAACAAUGAAUCUCCAGAAUUUAUGUUGAAGGAGCCUUACGAGCACCGGAACCCUGAUUUGUCUAUCCAACCCUCAAAGACAACUGGAUGCAUGAGCCCAGAAAUGGGAGACACCACAGAAAAAGCCAUUCUGUCAGCAGACGCAGAUUUGGACACCAUCUCCUUGUUGACCUCACAUAACAUCGAGGUUGACCUGACCAGCUUGAGCGAGAAGAACCCGUACAGGGAUUCCGCCUACUUCUCUGACUAUGACGCAGACAAUGAGCGGUUUUCCCGAGAUGAGGGGGAUGACUCAUUAGAUAAACUGGAGGGAGAAGACUUUGUAGAACGGGAGGCUGAGAAAGAGGCACAGGCAAAGCCUUCAGAACAAGAGGACCUGAGUCCUCCACAUUUACAGAUAGACGAAGGGGACUCCUCAGCUUGCCCAGAUGAAAGCAGAGACAUAAAUGCAGACACUAAGAAUAUGUCACCUCGAGGAGAACUCUCUGAGGCUGAUGUAAGCAGCUCAUCUUCAGCACCUGUACUCUCUACUCUCUCCCCCUCGCCUCCUGAAAUGGGUGGCUGCCUGACAAAGGAGUCCUCCCAAGACGAAGGCCUUGGGCUGGACUCCGAACACUCUGGCGAGGAGCCAUCCUCCGAGUGCUCCUCUUCCACAGUCUCUGUUGAGUCAUCGAGUCAACAGGAGCCCUCAACCUUGGGCAACUCUGGGAAAGAGCCAGAAGGGACAGAUUCCCUUGCCGAACCGCUGGUGUCUGACUCUACUAGUUUAGAUAGCAACACUGACACCCUCUUUGAAAUCAGAGACGAAGAGCCAAAGAAGAAAGAGGAUCCACAAGACCCUGUGAACCUCCAAGAGAAAAGUAAGGAGGAACAAGACGACAGCUCCUCUGCAACCUUGAGUGAAGGUCAGGGAGCCAAGGAGAGGGACAUGGAAGAUGAGGAACCCCUGGAGACUGCUGUUACUACCAAGAGCUCUUGCCCCUCCUCUCCUCCUCCACCCUUGCCUUCUAUGGAAGGCAGAGUCUCUCCUGCUGAUGGUGAGGAGGCUGACUCAGAGGACAGCGAAGAGUCCGAUGAGGAAUUACGCUGCUACAAUAUCCAGGAGCAAAGCGAAGAAAGCGAAGAGGAGUCUCCAACUGUACCCGUUGUGGUGAGCGACCGCAGCAAUGCCCAGCACCUCCGUAGCCUCCUCAAGAUGCCCAGUUUGCUCAGCGAGUCCUUCUGUGAGGAGCUGGAUCGCAAGAAAAAGGCAGUCUCAUUCUUUGAUGAUGUCACAGUGUACCUUUUUGACCAGGAAAGCCCAACUCGAGAGCUGGCGGAGCAUGGCUUUCCUCCUGGGGCAGAGUCCUGCGGGCGGGGCUCUGGGGCUGUGGAGCCAUGCCCUCAAGAUCGAGUCAACACCUCUGAUGAUUCCUCAGAUGGGAACAUCUCAGAAGAAAGUGGAGGCUUUGAAUGGGAGGAUGAUUUUCCUUUAUUGCCCAGCGCAUCCUCUAUGACAACCUGUAGUUCAGAGCCACAGAGGGCCCCCAGCCAGCCCCCUACACCCCCUGAGCUCAAGCCAGCAGCGCAGUUCUCCCGGUUCACCGUCUCUCCUUCCAACGUUUCCCGCUUCUCCAUCACACAUGUGUCCGAUUCCGACAUGGACUCCGUGGGAGGAAGCAGUGAAGAUGGAGAGAGAGAGUGAGCCAGGGAAGAAAGGCCCCUAUGGAGACUGUGUUUCCAGGGUCCCAAGUCCUGUUUUCUUCUCCAAUUUUGUUUUUGCUGUUUUGUCUGGCGGUUUGUGGACUUUGUGCCUCUGGAACCAGUGGCCAAGCAUCCCGACAGUGCCUCCUGAAGCUAGCAGACCCCCAAGUGGAAUACCCCUACCCAACUACAAAAAGACAGCUAGGGGAGGACAAAGCAAUGUAUAUUUUUCAAAAAUUAUAUUUAUAGUAUCUUAAUCAAUCCAGAAUACAGUUAUUUAAUUCGUCAUGAAAUAAGUGGAACACUAAAGAACUGUUCCUUUUGCCAUUAUGACUCAUACGUGGAACAAUCGCUCACCCUGACCAGGGGUUCCAUCUGAUUCUAGAAAUGCCCUCCCCCCCCCAUCCACAAAGCAAAGAGUGGGGCAAAAGUGAACAGGGGAGAUGUGAACCCUUAAGGAGAGUGGAAUGCUCACAGCAUGCUCAUUAGCCUCUUACAAAUGGAAGAAUAUGUUCAGGUUUGAAUAUUUCCUUUAGAAACAUUUAUAAGGAGGUGGUUUUAGUACACUAGAAAAAGCCCAUUCUCCCUGCCAAAAGUUGUAAGGCAGCGAUGUUUCUGUACACAUUCCUUCUGUUUUUGCUGUGGCUACAUCACAGGCUCUUUGGCAUCAGCCUUGCACCUAUUUGGUCCAGGAAACUAAGAUUGUUUCAGCAAUCCAGUGGAGACCUGGCCCCACACACAGGGAACCAGCAAACAGCAGGACACCAGGAAACACAUCUGUUCCAACUCUCGGAAGGAUACCCGGAAACACAACCUGUUCCAACUCGCGGAUGGACACCAAGAAACACACCUGUUCUAACAAUCUGAGAAACUCCUAAUGCAAUGGAUCUUACAGGGGAAACCUACCAGAUGAGUUUAGGGAGUCGUGUUCUCACAUUUCGUCUAAAAUUGAGGGCCCAGUGCUUGAAACACACCACUUUGGUUACCAUGCACAGGUCACCCAUGUACAUGUACCUUUUCUCCACUCGACCUGUGCCAUGGUCACCUCUUGCAGAAACGUGUCGUCCUAGAGACCCCUUCAUCUGCAGGUGUCUGGCAGGAGCCCAACUUUGUGGCAGACAAUCUGAGGGAGCUCUGCCUGGGAGCUCGGAUUUAUAGAAGCAAAAAAAAAAAAAAAAAAAAAAAAUAUGCUGCAUGGCAAAAGGGGGGGAAGGAACAAACUACAGCAGAUCACAUCAUGGCUUAGAUAGCAGGAAUUAUGGAGGAACUACAGUCCCCAGUGAGUGGACUCAUUUUUCAUCCUAAUUUGUCUAAUUCACAAUGGGAACACAGGUGGGGAACAUCCUAGAGGUUUUAGACAUAGGGCUGUUGUACCAUAUUCUAAAUUUUGUCUUAUGAUAAUGGGAGAAAAAAAAAACUGGAGAACACACUUAGAAAACUAUUAAAAACACAAAUACGUAAGCAUGGCUACAAACCAAUGUUUAAAAUCACAGAACAAAUGUUGAAAAUGGUAACCGAGUUAUUAAAGGUAUCGUUCUGAGCUAUUUACACUAUGUAACAUGAUCUUUCAGUGUUUACAUUUGUCAGUCUCCCCCACCCAACUUAUUUUGUGAAAAAACCGACAGAUCAGUUUUGAGAACAGUAGUGCUUUUUACAUGUUUUAGGAACACGUAUUACGUUACCUGGACAUUUUGACUGAUGCUCCCAAAAUGACGAUCUAGUCUCCUUCUCUGUCAGCCCAUGGACUUUUGUUUCUGUUUGCAGAGAGAGCUCUUCAAGCAGUUUGCCAGGGGCCUGCGAACCCAGGUCUCGUUCUACAAGCUGUGUCUUCUGUGUGCCGUUUGCCAUCUAGGUUCGAUAUCCUGUAUUUAUCUAGCACUGAUCUGGUUACACUGCAGUCUGUACUAUUUUUGUAAUUAAACAGGCUUUAGAAAUAUGACAUUUUACAAAGACAAAAAAUGCAGAAAAAAAAAAAAUCAUGUUGCCAAAGAGACGGAACAAACUUGCAUGACUUACCGGCAUCCCAGACCUGAUCAGUUGAGCUCGUAACUCAAAUGGAACCGAGCAACUGUAGUGAAUCGGCCGAGGGCGCAUCCUGGUCUCCUUUCCUCUCUCCACACAGUAUACACCUCUGUUUCACUUUCAUCAAAAUAAUGUGUUUCACACCUGCACAGCGGUUCCGUUUCUACACACCAUACAGCUUGCGCUACCACCUCACACAUGAUCAAUGACCACAAGGAGCGCUUUGAACAGCUUCUCAUCAUUUUAUUUAGGUAGGUAUUUGUAUAGAUAAAUCACAGCAAAGUUGAGAGACAGAGUGAACAAAGUGACGGGAUGAGCACAUAGAAAACAGUAGAAAACCACUUUGAAAAUUAGUUUACAAAUUGUUCACUUCAAUACAUAUGAGCCUUAGACUUCCCAUUGUUUGCUAAAAAUAGUCCAAAUGCCUACAAGCUCUUUUCAGUUGAGCAUCUGUAUAGGGUGAGGCCUGAAAAAGAUGGCUUUCGGCUGCGUCAGUGCAAGGGGAAAGGAUCCUUUGGCCGACUUACUAGCCGUAACAUAUCAUUCCGCACCAUUGAUACGCUGUGUAUGCCGACCCAAAGUUGUCCACAUCACAUUUAUAGAAACGGUUAAGAAAACAGCCCAGAAUCUACCGGCAUCCACAGAUGCAAAACAUACAUGGCACCAUUUGUACCAUCCACUGUUGGUUCUUGAGCAUCCCUGCCACAACAUUUGGAAGAAAAAAGAAAAUAAAACCAAAAAUAAUCGGCCGUAUUUGUUGCUCAGUAUUUUUAUGGCUUUUGAAAUUUGGAAAACGGAAAAGUUUUUACGCAUUUUAUUGCAAUACUGGAGACCUCAUCCUCUUUAAUUGUUCUUCUGACAGUUCUUAGAGUAAAUUGUUUCCCACUUUGAACAAGAGAGACAUUCAGCAAUCGAUACAUUUCAUGUGGAAAAUGUGCCAAUAUUUACAGUCUGUGUAAUAAAAGAAUUUCAGAUAAUUUUACCUAAAAUCACAGCAUCCUUUUUUCAGCAAUAAAAACUUUUUCAGUGCAAGGCGUUUUUUUUUUUCCUAGUAUCUUACAAUACUUUCCAGUUUUGAAGAUAGCAAUUUCACAAGUAAUAUCUGAACAAAUACAACACCUAAAUGUACAGGAGAAAAACAAACACUUUAACACUUGUUGAAAAGACAAGUAAGAGCAGAUGACAUGGCAGAUUUCUUGUUAAUGGCUGGUUCCUCUCCUCCUUCUUGGUAUCUGCACUAACUGUGCAGCACCUGGAUGUUUUACAGACCUGCAGGGUUCCAGACCAGCAGCAGCGGAAGGCACAGGAACAUUUGUUGAAGAACGCCCAGUUACUUAGCAGAUGCUUACGAUUGCCACAAUCCACCCCCAAGAGCACAGCUGGGCCGUUGCACUGAAGCAGAUCAGGUUAGGUACUUUGUUCAGUUACGCUAUGGAGAGCUCCUCCUGGAACUUGCAGAUAACAGGUCUGCCUCUUAACCGCUCAACUUCGAGACACUCGUCUUCAAAAAUACUUCUUUCCAUCCUACAACUGUCCACAACACUGUCAACCCUGCAAUUACAAUGUUUACCUGAGGGUCUGUUAAAUACGGUCUCCCUGUAGCAACAAAGGUAUUCUCGGUGUGGGUGUUGCAAGUGCACGAAUAUUUGCAAGUAUCAGUAAAGGAUUUUGAAAUUCUUUAAAGUUGUUGCUAUGUUCCAAUUUUCACGCCGUGGCUAUAGAGCAUUUACACCCUUUCUCCAGAAUACCCUUUUCCUGCACAGGCCUAUUGCGUCUUCCAGAUUAGGAUCGAUGCUCAAAAAGUAUGGGAACAAAAACACAUAUAAAAUAACCCUUUCAAAAAAAAAAGAAAUAAACCCUAUCUACACUUUUGUAAGUCACAGAGUAUGAAGAUGCUUGUAACUCAAGAACUAAAGAAAUGGGUCCAACAAAAUACAUUUGUUCAUAUACAGAAAGGAAGUUGAGCUCCAACAAUUUACAUCCACAAUCACCAGUGGCCUGUCAAUGACAUCUUCCACACAGAAGACAUAGAAUAACUUUCUCUGUUAUGUCCAUCAUAUACGCGACGCUGGCCGCUUUGCUACCAAAACAUUAUGAGCAACAUCGUGGAGUGCGACAGCCCAUUAAAAAAAAAAAAAUA